AUUUCGUAGAGAGCACCAUUUGUCACCGAGUUCGACGCAACAUCAUAGCAUUACAAAUUACGUAGAAGCAGAAUAAACUGCAAAAUCAUAACCUGGACUGAUAAAAACUGUGCCAAUAACAAUUCAGUGUAACAAAUUUAUAAUUUACCUGUGAGACGAGAUCGUAUCUUAGAUCCAGUGAUGCUUUUACUUGCCUUUAACGUUAUCUGCCGCGACGUUUAUUCGAGUGCCUGAUGGUGUGGAUACUAUGUGCGAAUAGCGAAACAAUACAGCGGGACUCAGCAUGGGGGCCUUUUUAAAUAAGCCCGAGACUAAGAAAUAUAACGAGAACGGAGAAGGUAACGGUCUUCGCUAUGGCGUGGCGUCGAUGCAAGGCUGGCGCGUGGAGAUGGAGGAUGCUCACCACGCGCAACUCACUCUAAACGGAACUUUAUCGGACUGGUCGUAUUUUGCCGUUUUUGAUGGGCAUGCGGGUGCACGGGUGUCAGCUCAUUGUGCAGAUAAUUUGCUCGAGAGUAUCUUACAAACUGAAGAGUUUCGGCGUGAUGAUAUAACGGAGGCAAUCCGCGCCGGUUUUCUCGACCUCGAUAAGAAGAUGCGAGAGUUGCCCGAGCUUUCGAAUGGUGAAGAGAAAUCGGGAUCGACAGCAGUGUGUGCAUUCGUGUCGCCUAAGCAGAUAUAUAUAGCAAAUUGUGGCGAUUCUCGAGCGGUUCUGGCACGAAACGGAGCUCCAAUAUUUGCUACACGAGACCACAAGCCGGAAUUGCCUUCGGAAAAGUCUCGUAUAGUGCAAGCGGGUGGUUCUGUUAUGAUACAGCGUGUGAACGGCAGUUUGGCAGUGUCGCGAGCAUUAGGCGACUACGAGUACAAGAAGGUAAUGGGUCGCGGACCUUGCGAACAGCUCGUUUCGCCAGAACCCGAGGUGUCUGUGCACGAAAGGCUCGAUUCCGAAGACGAGUUUCUGGUGCUGGCCUGUGAUGGUGUAUGGGACGUGAUGAGCAACAAGGCUCUGUGUGCAUAUGUGCACUCAUUACUUCAGCUCACGGAUGACCUUGUGGCAAUCACUAAUCAGGUCAUUGACACAUGUCUUUAUAAGGGAAGCAAAGAUAACAUGAGCAUUGUUCUGGUGGUGUUCCCAGCUGCACCAAAGCCGGAUCCUGAAGCUCAAAGAGCUGACCGGGAACUGGACGAGACGCUUCGACAACGGCUCACAGUCCUGCUAGAGCAAAGCGCUGGUCAAGAGGAGGACACUUCCAACCACUUCUCCCACGUCCUCAAAGAACUCGUGAAGGAGAAAAUACCCGGUCUGCCACCUGGUGGUGGUCUCGCUGCUAAGCAAGCGCUGCUGGACAAGAUAUACAGGGAGUUCUACCCGGACCACACCGACAGCUCGGAGAAGUUCGACUGCCAAGCCGAGCUGGCGGACGCCUUCGGAGCCAACUAGAACGCCACGCCGGUCCUUACGUAUUGAGUCUUAAAACCUUCGCCACAAGGACGACGAUCCUUCGCCGGUAACUAACUUCCGCUUAACAAAACAUAUCUCUAUUCUUGAUAGAUAAAUUCCUAUAUAUCAAAUUAAAUUAGUUCAAUUUAUCGUUUCGAGUUAUAUUCACAGAUAAUAAAAAAAUCAUCGAUACUAUUUCUUAUCUGUAUUAUGGACCAAAAGUAGUAAAAGUUUUUGAAAUUGAAUCGUUGGUAAUCUUUAUGAACUUUUGACUUUCAUAUGCAUAAAAGUCGUUGUGACGUCUAAGAGUAUAUUCUGGUAUGCAAAGUUUUAAGCCUCAAUAGCGUAAGCGGUUUCGUUUUGUAAAACAAACAUAUAUAUUUUUUGCAACCGCUGAAGUGUAUUCGUCAUUAUUGUGUAAAUCAAAAUAUAUUUCCCAACGGAUAAAGAUGCAAUCCUAAUGGACUUUUGGCUGAAUAUACUUGAGCGUUGUUAUAAAACAGAGACGCACUCGCACUGCGGAGUCUUUGACAACUUGUUUUUGUACAUAAAAUAAACGUGUCUCGAAAUGAAUGCAGUGUGAAUGCGAAUCUGUUUUGUUUGGUUUCUCCGUCUAUGUCGAUUGUCGUUAGAUUUUAAUCGCUUUGUAAAAAAUCCCGCUUUUAUCACCAUACAAAUGCUUGUCUCUAGAAAGAUAAGUGAUUAUGGUAGGCUAAAGCGACAACAACAUAGCCGGGGAAUAACCAAGCAUAAAGAAAUUUUAAUAUUUAAUACUCUAGCCUUAUCUGCUGUGGAUUGAGUCAUAGACGAAAUUUUUUUCUCCCUAAAAUAAGGUUAUGUGUCUUUAUUUCUUACAAUGCAAUCCACGGCAGUGUUUCACCUGAAAUUAUUAAUUGGAAAAUGCGGCACUAUACGGCACAAAUUUUUAAUUUCUUCCGGACAAUUUUUCCUAGUACAAUAGUUUUAAAAAAUAUAGUAUAAUAAUUGUAAAUCAAAGUCUGUAAUUAGAUUUUCGGUGUACGUUUCAUUUAAAAAAAUUCAUCCCUUUUUCUGUUCAAUUGACAUUGAUGUCAUAAUACUAGAUGUGUUAUAUAGUGAUUCGAUUUAAAUAAAUAAUAAAAAGUUUGAACUUAUUUCGAACCUCUUUAUUUUGUGUUGUCUAUAUCGGUUUAAGCCGUAUUAAUAAUCUGUGAACUCUCGCAGUGCUAAGAAGAGCGGUAAUUAAAAUAUAAUAUUUUAAUUUAUUAAUAACAUUUCUAAACAAUUAGAUAAUUUAAAUGAAAAUUGUUCAUUUCAAUAAUUAAAUUGAUUCAUAUAUAAUGUCACAUCAUAGAAAAUACAAAACGAGAACAUUGCUCAGUUCAAUCGUAUUUGUAUAUAUUAUCUUAAUUUAUGUAUAAAUAGAAAAAUUUUGUCGUCGUUACUUUUGUUUGUAUUAAACUAAUGCGAAUAACACAAAAAUUAACAUUAUGAUUAUAAUGAAAAUUGUUAUUUGAUAUACCUACCCCCACCCAUAAGUCUGCGAUAGUUCACAGAUAACAAAGCCUUCUUAUAUUUCAGUUAGGCCAGUCACUGUUAGUGUUUGAAUAAAACUUUAGUUGUAAUAUUCGUUUUCUUUUCUUUCUCAUAAUAAUUAAAUCCUGAAAUCUAUGAAAUAUAAUAUAAGUAUAUGUAUUUUUUUGAUGGGCGAAAUGUUUAAUUGUCAGUGUUGCCAGUUGAAUAAUUUCGAAUAAGUCCAUCCUAAUAAUUCUGUCGUGAAUAAUCUGUACGAGUAGUUUUUGUACAUAGUUCCAUGUUUUGACUACGUAGCCCUAUUGAAUGGACCUCAUUAACAUUAUGCUUUGUUUUAAGACCUCAUUUACUAAUAACAAUCGUUUCACUUCAUUACAUGGAAUACCCAUUUUUUUUUAUAAGUUUGGUGUUCACUAGGCAAAUAUAUUUGUGGCGAUUUAUUUUUGUAAUAUAUUAACUUUGUGUUGUGUAAAAUACUAUUGAGAGAUUUAAUAAAAUGGUUAAUGCCUUACUAAAUUAAAAAAAUAAUAUAUCUUUAAAACGUUUUGUAUAAAGUUAAAAAAAAAAACAAAAAGUAAACGGUUAUUCUAACUUUUUUUGUUUAAACAAUCCAUAAGAAAAUAAAUACGGAAACAAAAUAAUAAUUACUAGUUAUUACGAUGUAUUUCACAAAUUAUUUGGAAUACGUAAAAAUUGGAACGAAUAAAUAACGUAUUUAUCGGUCGUAGUGAAUACGAAACUGAUUAAAAUGGGUAAUAAAAUGAAUUGUACUUCGGUGAACUCAUUAUGGCUUUUGUACUCGUUAGGUGUUUCAAAAUUUGUCAUUAUUAUAUUUGCCUUCGAAACGCUUUGUACUUAAAAAUCAUCGUUAAUAAUUACUGGAUGUGUAGAAAUUAGUCGACAUUUCAAUCUGGCGUUAUUUAUAUAUAACAAUAAUUUCAGUACAACUUAAAAUCAAUAAUGGUACAAUAUCUCAAUUAUAAUAAAAAUAUUAGUACAUUGUCUGUUAAAUAUCUAAAUAACUUAAUAAUGAUUCGUUCGUAAAACCAAAUUUGAUUCUAAGUUGUAACCAAAGUAAAUGAUUCAUUUCCUCUCAUGUAAAUAGAGAAAUACUUUUGUACCUGCUCCGGAUCGUUAGGGUCUUUAUAAAUGUGGGAUUAGAAAAUAUCUAUUAUAAUGACAACAUAUGCCAUUACCGAUCUUAUUACGUAGUAAGGAAUGCAUUUUAAAUUGUAAAAUAGUAUAACUUCAUUGAUAUAAAAAGCGAAUAUGAAUUCUCUAUGCGAGUAAUAAGGUUGAUAUCGGCAUGCGAUGUAACAUUGGCUUGAUAGUUGUUUAAUUUUUAAUAUUGUCACUAAAAUUCGAUUUUUUUUCGAUAUUUAGUUCAGAUUUUUUUAUCGAUGUCGAUUUGCUUUCAUAAGUCCUUUUCGGGUCAUUUUUAGUCAUAAUAAUUAUUAACGUAUUUUUUUUGACAACUUAUCGGUAUAUCUUUGUCUAUGAUCUUGCGUCAUGCAGGGAUUUGCUGCGUUUAGUUUUUUUUUUUUUUUAAUUUAGAUAAUGUUUUCUUCUAUUUUGUGAAUUAGACCAAAUAUAUCUGGCAGUGGGUUUUGAAUUGAAAUAUUUUUAUGUCCAUCCGAGGCGAAUAGUUAGUUAGUAGGUUUAUCGUCUGGUUGUUUUUUUUUAAUUAUAAUUUUGCUUUCGUAUGAAAGUCGACAAGUGUGUCUCGUUAUAUCUAGUAGACGCUUGAACAAUAAAUAAAUACCUGUACGUACUUUAAA